CAAACAUAUUAGUACUAUAAAGCAGUAUCCAAUCGAAAUGACCAAAACUUUUUCCACUAACCUUGAGUUGCCUUGGGUGGAAAAGUACCGUCCUCACGUAUUGAACGAUAUCGUUGGCAAUGAAGAAACCAUUGAAAGGUUGAAAUUGAUAGCAGAAGAUGGUAAUAUGCCCCAUAUGAUCAUAUCAGGGUUUCCAGGUAUUGGUAAAACCACAUCGAUACACUGUCUUGCCCAUGAACUACUUGGAGAUAAGUUUUAUAGCCAAGCUACUCUUGAGUUGAAUGCAUCGGACGAUCGAGGUAUCGAUGUUGUCCGUAAUAAGAUUAAGCAAUUUGCACAAACUAAGAUUCAAUUACCCCCUGGAAGACAUAAAAUAAUCAUUUUGGAUGAGGCAGACUCAAUGACACAAGGUGCCCAACAAGCAUUAAGAAGAACUAUGGAAAUAUACUCAAAUACCACUAGAUUUGCCUUUGCUUGUAAUGAAUCCAGUAAAAUCAUUGAACCUUUACAAUCGCGUUGUGCUAUUUUAAGAUACAACAAGUUAGCAGAUGAUCAAGUUUUAAGUCGUUUGUUGGAAAUCGCCAAGUUCGAAGACGUUAAGUAUGACUCUGAAGGAUUGAAGGCUUUGAUUUUUACUGCAGAAGGUGAUAUGAGACAAGCUAUCAAUAACCUACAGAGUACAGUUGCAGGGUUUGGGUUUGUUAACGAUAUAAACGUUUUCAAAAUUGUUGAUCAACCCCAUCCAUUGGUUAUAAAGAAAAUCCUUACAGCAUGCAUUUCCCAACCUGGAGGAAACAUCGAUGAAGCCAUUGAUUAUUUAGACAGUUUAUGGAAUAAAGGUUAUUCUGCAAUUGAUAUAGUUACCCUGACAUUCAAAGUUGCCAAAACCAUAACGGGGGUCAAUGAACAAAAGAGACUAGAAUUGCUCAAACAAAUAGGUUUCGUCCAUAUGAGAGUAUUAGAGGGUGUCGGUUCUUAUCUUCAAUUAUGUGGGCUACUUGCUAAACUUUGUGAUAUAUAAUUCUAAAAGGGUUUUGUCUAUAAUCCAUUAUUGAAAAUAUAAGCUAGAGGUUAAG